AUGCUGGCCGGUAAAAGAUUCCUCCAAUCGCUGUGGAAAUUCGACUACACCUGGGAUACGGAGAUAUCUGAGGAGCGUCAGCAACAAUGGAAGGAUAUCAACCAAGCAGUCAAUGGCUUUCAGUGUGUGUUGCCGCGAGAGGUCGCUCAGAUCGACACGCCAACAAAGCUUGUGCUGUUCUCAGACGCUAGCGGACAAGCUAUGGCAACACGUGCUUACCUUGCUUCCACCCUGGGAAGCAAUUUACUCGCUGGAAAAUCCAAACUUCUACCCGUCAAAGACAUCGUGACGAUUCCAAAAUUAGAGCUCAACGCCGCUACAAUGGCUACUCGAGUUGCACACUCAAUCUUUAUGGUGAUUCAGUAUCGCACAAGGAUCUCAGAAAUAGUCAUCCUGUCUGACUCACAAAUUACUCUCAAAUGGAUCGCAUCGUCUUUACCUGCCGAAGAAAGAGCAGGAGUAUUUGUUAAGAAUCGUGUAACCGAGAUACGAAAGAUUGUGAAGGACAUUCCAGUCACUGUUCACUUUGGAUAUGUGAGUACCGCAAUGAAUCCAGCAGACUCAGCAACAAGAGGAGUCGAUAAGGACGACAUGACUGACCAUAUGUGGUGGAAAGGACCAAAGUUUAUCCUGGAUCCAAUAGAGCAAUGGCCAAAGACAUGCCGUCUCUUCAAGAUACCAAAUGACGUGGAGAACGACAGCUGCACGCUUCCAGUAUCGUCGGCGAGAAGAACUCACAUUAUGGAACCACUGGACUGGAAGAGGCACAACGAAAUGAAUUCGGUCAUUACCACAGUUGCAUACGUCCUAAGAUUCGUUAAACGACUUAUGGGAAAAAGAGAAUCAUGA